AUGGGGAAAGCUAAUGGGAUAAGCCCCCAUUGCUGGGCCAUGGCUGAUCGUAUCAUCGGAAUGCGAACUGCUCUGAAAGAAAACCUCGAAAACUUGGGGUCACGGCUUUCAUGGGAGCACAUAACCAAGCAGAUUGGCAUGUUUUGCUAUAGUGGGAUGACACCUGAAGAAAUUGAUCGUUUGACAAAUGAAUUUCAUAUAUAUAUGACCCGCAAUGGUCGUAUUAGUAUGGCAGGAGUUACUACAGGCAAUGUUGGAUACUUGGCAAAUGCUAUCCAUGAGGUUACAAGAUCUGCUUAG